CUCUUGCUAUAGCUACCUGGAGCGUUUCCUCCACCUUGACGUUCAGGUACACGGAUUUGGUCGAAAUCUUUACUGAAACAGACAUUUUUGUCGCGGGCAUGCCAUAAGAAGCGUUCAAAAUGGAUUAAAUACAGAAAUGGUGUAUUUAAGGUGGAGAAGACAGCAUUAAUUCGGGAGUAAUUUGGUGGACGUACCGUGUAGACCUACACUAUCUUGGAGGGAGUUAGUCAUGCCUGCCGGCAACACUGGCAGUCUGAGACACAGCUCUGGGCCUGGCAGCUACAGAGAUGGACCCAGUUGGAGCAGCAGCCAGAGGUCAUCCUAUGAGGAGCGCUGCGUGGACCCAGUGGAAGACAGGCUCCCGACCCCAGAGCCAAAGACGGUCCACAAAGCUCAACUGAAAGAUGCUAAUGGAAAGGAGUCUGAGACCAUUGGCUUCAUUCCUGGUUCAGCAGACCCUCCCUCUGCAACACAAACCUGCAAUCCCUGUGCCUCCCCAAGGAGCUGUGGGACUUUUAUGUGCAAUGUGCUCACCUGCGGCCUGUAUAGGGUCUGCCAGCGUUCCGUCCUCGCUCCAUGCCUGGUGCCAAAUGAGAGAUCCCCAGACGAACCAGAAAAAGUGAGCCUCCGAGGUGUGAACCCAGGAGACAACAAAGAAGAGGACACUGCAGACUGGUUAGGCGACGUUCGCAUUGCUGGAGUCAAAAUUGACAGUCCAAGAGAAUAUUUAGAUGAUGAAACCAAUUCCUCAUCACAUGUGCGUCCUGUGGCCUGCUCAACACAGCCCAGCCAUCCAUCUUUGCAUGAGUCCAUGAGGUUUGAUGACUGGGAGGAUGGCGAGGAGAACGUGGACUCUCUGAUUACUAAGAAGCUGCUGGAGCUCUACUCUGAAUAUCAGAUUGAGGAAUUGGCUAGGUGCACUUCAGACUCUGUGUUUCUGAGGAAGAGCAAGGCCAUCAACCAGCUCAUCAACUCACUGGCAGAGGAGCACAAAAUGGACGAGCAGGAGGCAGAGUGUCGGCUGGUUCGUGGCAUCAUCCGCAUCAGCACCCGGAAGAGCACGAAGAGGAGGCCGCCCACCUCCAGGAGGGAGAGGACGCUGUCAGACAGCGGGAAUGAGACGAUGAGGGAGAGCGAUUCCUUUUCCUUCAGCAACAACAAUGACUACAAAUCAAAUCCAAACAUCCAAAUAUCUGAACUGACCCCCUCUGACAAGUAUGCCAGAGAGAUGUGGAGGACCAAUGGCGGUCAUACUUCUAGUUCUCCAACAGCCUAUUCACCUUCUCACACAGAAACUAAUUCUUCAGGUGUCCCACUGAUUCAUACCUCCGUGAGAACAUGAUUCCUGCGCCACGCUGGCGGUCUGUGCUUGAAUUAUUUGUUAAACUGCAUCCUCAAGGUCACAUAUGGGACAUUGAAAGACGACACUACUUACACAGGAGGCUGUGGCUGAGCCAAGCUCUUUGUAGAGGCGGUGGCUUGGAUUUUUCCAAGCCAAGACAUGAAUAUGUGAAAAUUCACAUUGUCUGAAGGACUUCAAUGAACUCAGGACUCUGUCUGUAGAUGUUUAUGGUUGAUAAAUAUUAUGUGUAUAUCUGAAGGAAUUCCUUACUGAGAGCUUUCCCUGCAGGCAGAUAUCACCAGCAGCUCUUGAGAUGUUGUAUCACGAUUAACCGUCCGCUCCUCCUUGAAGGAGCACUGAGUAAUGUUCAUGAAACCUGUCCUGGCUAGGUUCCUCUGCUUUGUUUUUUUGGUUUGUUUUUUCGGCACAUUUCAUCACCAUAGAUUUGAUUCUAAACUGUAACGCUUUUAAUUCAGUGGUUGUAUAUCACAUGCAGUAAGUAAAUGAGUGAUCUCGAUUAAUGAUCAGAAAUUGUGUUUUUAUAGUAUUUGUCAAUUGACAUAGACUAUUCCAUAUUUAUGUCUUAAACUGGCAGUUGCAGUAGUAGUAGUUAUGUAGCAUGGUUCAGAAUCCUGUAAUUAUAUUUUCUGAUUUGCGCCUGGUACUAAUAUUUGGAAAAUAUCCUUAUUUGCUUUCUUGCGAAGACUAUACAGCUAGAUAGCUUAGCACAGCAUAUAGACCGGACACAGCUAGCCUGAUUUAGUACAAAGAUAACAAAGUCAGCCGAACAGCACCUUUAAAGCCCACCAGUGAACAUGUUUUCUUUGUUUAUUUUGUACAAAAACUAUAGUGUAAAAACAAGACAUUAUGGUUUGACAGCUAGACUAUCUCAUAAUUUGUUGUUUUUACCGUUCUGUUUGUGUAUAAUGACAUGAGAUACAACAUUAAUAAGUGAGCUUUAAAGGUGCGGGUAGGUAAGCUAAACUAGCCGGCUGUCAGUAGCUUCAUUUUUAUCAUACAGAUAUGAGAAUAUUUUUCUCUGUGGAAAACAAGUUGAAAGCUAUAGAAAAAGCUAGUAAGUGGAUCUUGACCUUUUUUUAUGUCUGAAUACAGUUUGUUUUGUUUUUUUUUUUGCUUUGUGACUUUUGUGUUCAUACAGUGUAUGCAGAGUGUGAUUUGAUUAGAUUUCUUCCAAAGCAGACUAUCAUACUGUUAUCAGCCUUUUAACGUGAAAACACGAAGAUAUCUCUUAGGUUUUAAGCUAACCUUGCGUUUGAUGCAUUCUGGCUACUGAUUGUGUCCAGAAUCCAUGUUUGGACUCAAGUCUCAAACUGAAAGAUGAUUUGCUGCUAAACUGCAGCUAGACUUUAGGUUGCAUCAUGUAAUUUAAGUAUAAUUUAUUAGUGACAUUGUCCCAAGCCGAGUCGUGAAGUGAAGGUCUGUUUUCUCACUCAAACGUGCAUGCUGUGUUUGCCCGUAGCUGCUGAUGGGAAUUCAUCCAGCUGACUCAGUGGAUUUAUUGAGCUCUCUGUUUUCUUAUCAGCAUUAGAUUAUGGUUAUGGUUACUGUAGAUCAAGGUUCCUGUUGUAGUGCCUUCAGUUAAUACACAUUGGUAGCUAAUACACUUACUGUAAAUGUGUGGUUUAACUGCCCAGAUCACUCUCUAGUCUCCCAGGAAUUGUGUGUCAAGAAUUUGGCUGCAAUAGCCGUGUGGUUAUAAUGAAAUGGUGUGAAACUGGUUUCUCUGGUUUCUACCAAGAAGCAGAAAAGGUAACCCACCUGUUUAGGAAGUUAUGGAUGUGUUUGUGUCAUAUAAACAGUUAACUGUAAUUAUCCUAACAUACGUCCUACUUCACUGAACUGUUUGACUUGUCUGUAAAGUAUUUUAUUUUAAUUUGCCCAUUACAUUCUCUCAAAAGGUUUCCCAUAUUCCAAGGUAUUAGGCUUGGGUCUUUUCACCUUCACCUCAUGUGUGCAGGCCAUCUUUGACCUUAUGUCAUACUGUAUAAAAUAAAGUAAAUGAAGUGAAACAUAA